AUGUCUUCUGCAACCACGAUCUCGUUUGGGGAGGCGAUUAAAGCAGUACGCGCCGUUGGGGAGAUCAUGAACCCAGAUGAUGAUUUCUACACGUUGGCUGCCGCUGAGGAGACAAUAGCCGCCACCGAAACCAAACGCAAGAAAGAACUAGAGGAGCUUCACGCCAACCUAAAAGCUCUUUCGAAGAUACGCGAUUCAGCUCGCCAAUCUGCGACGCGUCCCAACACGGUGCUCUCAGUCGAAAACCACAAUAGCACGCUGUCUGCUCUUGAUGAUAACCGACUUUCACUCGGAAAGUCAAUCAAAGAGACCGAGAGACUUGUCGCUAGCAAGGAGGAUGAGCUGGCUACUCUGAAGGAGAAGGUCAUACAAUUGGAAGAUCAGGACCCGGUUGCUGAACACCAACGGGAGUUGGACAGUGCUGCCCUCCGUCUUAUGAUUUACAAACAACUUGGCUUCGAGCCAGUUGUUGACAAACAGGGUCGAGUUACCAAGAUGCUCGUUCGUUCUCAAUCUGGCGACAUCCACGAUGUCUCCUUUAACACUGGAAAGACCGACAUGGAAUAUACUGCUGCCUUAUGGAAACAAAUGUGCUUAUAG